GGUGAUAAUUCUUGAAACAUGCUAUGCUCUUUUCUUGACUGUUGCUUAUAAUGCAAAAUAUAGACAAUGACUCGGCUCCCUCAGAGAGCAUUGCUGAAUUGCCAAAAUUACCUUUCAAGAGACUGCAGUUUGCUCUUAAUCAAGUUGUCAGUGUAGCAAUUCCUCUACAUGUGCAGCUUCUGAGACAGCAAAGUGAAAAUAUACAAAAUCUGAAGAUUGAAAAUAGGUCUCUAGAAUUACGUUCAGAACAAGUUAAAGCUGCAAAAACUGUCCAGUUAUUGAAAAAUGAUUUAUUUGAGCUUGAACAACUAAAUGUGCAGGUCAAAGAUGAAGAUAAAAAUUUAUUUCUGGAGAAAAUUGAAAGUCCAGCUAAAAAUGCUAUUGAAGUUUUAUCCGAGUUCAUGGAAUUGCAUUCAGACAGUCUUGAACCCUUUCCUGAUGUAGAAUUUUCUCUGUCUGAUUCAUCUUCCUCAUUUCCUACAUUGACCUGUCAAUUAGAUAAAAGCCCAGACCACAGUGAAGAAACUCCAGUAGUCAUAGGUGAUUUACAAGUACAAAAAUAUCGUACAUCUGGUUCAUCUUUGCAAAAUUGGACAUUCUUACGCAAAGAACUAUCAGAAAUCCGUGAUCUCAUCAGACAGUUUGCAUCAUUAGUGUUUCAACAACAGGAGAAUGUUGAUACAAUUCAGAAUAACUUACAGCGGACACAUGAAAAUGUGUAUGUUGGCACACAAUAUUUGAAGAAGGCUUCUGUGUUGAAAGCUGCAUCAUUUCCUGUUACUGGUGCUGUUAUAGGAGGUUUAUUGUUAGGACCAGUAGGAGCAUUAGCUGGAUUUAAACUUUUAGGUAGCAUUGCUUGUGUUGCAGGUGGUGGCGUUUUAGGUUUUGGUGCAGGUGUAAAGCUAAAAAAGAAACAACAAGCCAUAUGUGAGUUAGAAAUGAAAUCUCUUACUUAUCCAUCCAAAUCGCUCUCCUUAUCAAAUCCAGAGCUAUCUGUCUGUAAUAAUACUAAUAAGAAAGAUUAACAGUGAGAUCUUAUUAAAAAAAGUUGUAUAUUUGCAAAUAAAAACAUUGUAAAGUUUA